CCAAAGGAUGUAAUAUUCGAGAAUGUGAACUCAUUGAAGGAUCUAGCAGAAAUGCCACAUUGGACACCUGAGAGACCCUUGAGAGUAGCUACGGGUUUCACAUAUGCAUGGUGUACUGCAAUGUGACAUAUUCAUCUUCUUUUUCCCACAUACAGAGUAUAUAUUAUUGUGGUCACAAUUAUUAUGUUCAAGUUUGAUGAUAUUUUUCCCUUAACAUCCUUCAUUUCUUUCACAGAUGGGGCCCAAGGUUAUGAAUGAAAAAGGACUAAAUCAUGUUACCUUUUCAACUCCAGAUAGAGCACUGAAGGCUACUCCAGCAAUGAGGAUAGUCGAUGCAAUUGUAGACCUUGUGAGCACUGGAACAACUUUGGGAGAGAACAAUCUGAAAGAGAUUGCAGGUGGAGUCAUCCUGCAAAUUCAGGCGGUCCUUGUUGCUAUUAGGAAAUCAUUGACACGUAAGGAUGUGCUAGAUGUAACGCAUGAAAUGCUUGAAAGGCUGGAGGCUCAUUUGCGUGCUUUGGGGAAACUCUGCAGAGGAAGGAAGCAAAUAACUUUCAUACACAUUGGGUUGAGCACUAACUUAGCACAUCUCCUUCGAGAUGUUCGAAGCUGUACAACAGAUGUCUUCCUCCUUGCCGCAGCUCCUUGUCCCAGACUGGCAUACUGUGAAGCUGAGAUUGCACUAAAUUAGCACAUCUGCUUGCAGCAUUGAAGAGCAAAGUCAAAGUGCAGCACAAGACUUCUAAAGACCCUUAUUCCUAGAUAGCCACUAUACUCGAGUAGUUUUCUGGUUAAAAGUCAUGGUUGAUGGGUGACACCUCCAAUUUGAAAAAAACAAUUUGCAAAACAAACAUACAUCUCGGUAUUGACACACCCCAAAAAUUUAUUUGUGGAAUCUGAGUUGGGAAGAUUGUCAGGAAGAGAAGAUGACUUGUCUCUGGAAAAUUAUAAACCUAAGUUCACCAAUGUGGAUCAGGCUAAUGACUACGUUAAGGGUAGAGGGAUAGAUGCAUUGCCGGUGUGCAUUGGGAAUGUCCAUGGGAAAUACCCUCCAAAUGGUGUGAAUCUCAGACUUGAUUUGCUUAAGGAAAGGAGAUGCAGAACGAAUGACUUAAGACGUAG